CCAUUGGCGCUGGGGCCGGGCGGGUGCGCGGGCGGGGCGACGGUUCCCAGUCGGGCGCGCGCGGGCAGGGUCCUCAUUGCCUGCUGCGCACCCGGGCGUGCGGCUCCCCUCGGCCUCCUCGCCAUGGACGCGGACCACUCCCAGGGCCCCAAGGGUUCCUUGCGGAAACUCCUGGAGCACCUCUCCGGAGCCGGCAAGGCUAUCGGCGUGCUGACCAGCGGCGGGGAUGCCCAAGGUAUGAAUGCUGCUGUGCGCGCCGUAGUGCGCAUGGGUAUCUACGUGGGAGCCAAGGUGUACUUCAUCUAUGAGGGCUACCAGGGCAUGGUGGAUGGAGGCUCGAACAUCGUGGAGGCCGACUGGGAGAGCGUCUCCAGCAUCCUGCAAGUGGGCGGGACGAUCAUCGGCAGUGCGCGGUGCCAGGCCUUCCGCACAAGGGAUGGCCGCCUGAAGGCCGCCUGCAACCUGGUGCAGCGUGGCAUCACCAACCUGUGUGUGAUUGGCGGGGACGGGAGCCUCACCGGGGCCAACCUCUUCCGGAAGGAGUGGAGUGGGCUUCUGGAGGAGCUGGCCAAGAACGGCCAGAUCGAGAAGGAGGCCGUGCAGAGGUACGCCCACCUCAACGUGGUGGGCAUGGUGGGAUCCAUCGACAAUGACUUCUGUGGCACUGACAUGACCAUCGGCACCGACUCGGCCCUGCACAGGAUCAUCGAGGUGGUGGAUGCCAUCAUGACUACGGCCCAGAGCCACCAGAGGACCUUCGUUCUGGAGGUGAUGGGGCGACACUGUGGGUACCUGGCCCUGGUGAGUGCCUUGGCAUGCGGUGCAGACUGGGUGUUCCUUCCAGAAUCUCCACCAGAGGAAGGCUGGGAGGAGCAGAUGUGUGUGAAACUCUCCGAGAACCGUGCCCGGAAAAAAAGGCUGAAUAUUAUUAUUGUGGCUGAAGGAGCAAUUGACACCCAAAAUAAACCCAUUACCUCUGAGAAAAUCAAAGACCUUGUCGUCACGCAGCUGGGCUACGACACACGCGUGACCAUCCUCGGGCACGUGCAGAGAGGAGGGACCCCUUCGGCAUUCGACAGGAUCUUGGCGAGCCGCAUGGGAGUGGAGGCGGUCAUCGCCCUGCUGGAGGCCACCCCCGACACUCCAGCUUGUGUCGUGUCUCUGAGUGGGAACCACGCUGUACGCCUGCCGCUGAUGGAGUGUGUGCAGAUGACUCAGGAUGUGCAGAAGGCGAUGGAUGAGCGGAGGUUUCAGGACGCGGUUCAACUCCGGGGGAAGAGCUUUGAGGGCAACCUGAACACCUACAAGCGACUUGCCAUCAAGCUGCCGGAUGAUCAGAUCCCAAAGACCAAUUGCAACGUGGCUGUCAUCAAUGUGGGGGCACCCGCAGCUGGGAUGAAUGCAGCUGUGCGCUCAGCUGUGCGCAUGGGCAUCGCCGACGGCCACAGGAUGCUUGCCAUCUAUGAUGGCUUUGACGGCUUUGCCAAAGGCCAGAUCAAAGAAAUCGGCUGGACAGACGUCGGGGGCUGGACCGGCCAGGGAGGCUCCAUUCUCGGAACAAAACGCGUUCUCCCGGGAAAGUACUUGGAGGAGAUCGCCACACAGAUGCGCAUGCACAGUAUCAACGCGCUGCUGAUCAUCGGGGGAUUUGAGGCCUACCUGGGACUCCUGGAGCUGUCAGCCGCCCGGGAGAAGCACGAGGAAUUCUGUGUCCCCAUGGUCAUGGUUCCCGCCACUGUGUCCAACAAUGUGCCCGGUUCCGAUUUCAGCAUCGGGGCAGACACAGCUCUGAAUACGAUCACUGACGCUUACAAGAGCGUGUGUGACAUGGCCGAGGCGCGAAGCCGCUACCAGGAGCUUUGCAUUCCUCUGUGUUUGGUGCCUGCCACCAUUAGCAACAAUGUCCCGGGCACAGAAAUCAGCCUGGGCUCUGACACAGGCCUGAACGCCCUCGUUCAGACAUGCGACCGCAUCAAGCAGUCAGCCAGCGGGACCAAGCGGCGCGUCUUCAUCAUUGAGACCAUGGGGGGCUACUGCGGCUACCUGGCCAACAUGGGAGGGCUGGCGGCUGGAGCCGACGCUGCGUACAUUUUCGAGGAGCCCUUCGACAUCAGGGACCUACAGUCCAACGUGGAGCACCUGACAGAGAAAAUGAAGACCACCAUCCAGAGGGGCCUUGUGCUCAGAAAUGAGAGCUGCAGCGAAAACUACACCACCGACUUCAUUUACCAGCUCUAUUCGGAAGAGGGCAAAGGGGUGUUUGACUGCAGGAAGAAUGUGCUGGGCCACAUGCAGCAGGGUGGAGCACCUUCUCCAUUUGAUAGAAACUUUGGAACCAAAAUCUCUGCCAGAGCUAUGGAGUGGAUCACUGCGAAGCUCAAAGCGGCCCGGGGCAGAGGAAAAAAAUUUACCACUGAUGAUUCUGUUUGUGUGCUGGGAAUAAGCAAAAGAAACGUCAUUUUUCAACCUGUGGCAGAGCUGAAGAAGGAAACGGAUUUUGAGCACAGGAUUCCCAAAGAACAGUGGUGGCUGAAGCUGCGGCCCCUCAUGAAAAUCCUGGCCAAGUACAAGGCGAGCUACGAUGUGUCGGACUCAGGCCAGCUGGAGCACGUGCAGCCCUGGAGCGUCUGACAUGGCCCUGCCUGCCUCACCACGGACCGUCCGUUUUUGUAACACUUAAGUUAUUUAUCAGCACUUUACUGCAAGUAUUAGUAAUCCCUGAUCAGUAAGCACCUGUCACUGCCCAUGUCCCCCAGAGCCAGUGCGUGCUGUCUGUGGACUGUGCCUCAUGCUUUUUCAGAUGUGCGUAUCAGCAGAAUUAAACGUUUGCCUACAACUCCAA